AUGCAGAUAUCACAGCAGGUUACCACUCUGGUGGAUAACCUCCCCAAACGCCUGGUCAAUUUCUUUGCUCGCUAUCCUCCACAAAUCCACUCCGCAGCCGUCCGCCGCCCUGCCCCUGCAAAAGACCAAGACUACACACCAAAGAAGGUAGAAUCGCCAUACACGCCCGAUCGUGAUGCCAAGGGUGCGCCAGGAGAGAAGAAGUUUGGCUGGACUCCUUCACGUGCACUCCUUGUCACUAGUGAGAAAGUGCGGAAUCCGUUCCUUCCGCACAAGCGCUAUGGUAAAUGGGAAGCGCCGAAAUAUGGGCUGCGGCAGCAGGCGGACUUGAUGAAGCUGGCCAUCAAAUACAAUGUGGAUGCGCUUCUUCCUCCUAGCCGCAAAUCAAUCGAGUUCAAGCAAACACGCCGCGCGGAGCGUGGUUUGCAGGUGAAGGGAACCGGUGUUGGUCACAAGGUCAAGGGUCACAAGUGGGAGCGUACCAUGGAGUCACGUCUCGAGGAACGUCGCAAGGCUAUGGAGGGUAUGCCGGAAAUGGUCCGCAUGUGGAAGCAGAGAGGUCAUGGCCGCGGCUGGAGACAGUGGCCCAAGCGGUCAUCGUGA